UAUCAGCUGGUGCAGUGCCGGUGUGCACAUUAUUUACAAUUUGGAUUUAAAAUGAGUGUCAGUUGUUUAAUACGUGCACGUGCAAGCGGAAAUUGGCUCUGCCAUCUUUCGAAGCAAAAUUACUUUUCCAGCGCAUACACAUUCUGCAGCAGCUCAUCUUUGCUUGCGCAAUCAGCAGCAUAUAAACGAACUUUAUGUUCUGCCAACUACGCCACCACAGCCACAACAACCUCAACUGCCUCUGACAAUGCAUCCACAAAUUGGACAACCAUCUAUCGGCUGCCGCUUAUACGUCUCGCUGCCGGUUUCCAACGUCUGAAAAUCUAUCAAGGUACGCUAACAACACUUGCGGUACCGGCUGCUUUUGGACUGUCCCAAGCUGAGCAUGUGUCACCCGAUUCGGUUCUAGUUAUAAGUGCUAUUGGAGUAUCAGGGCUUUUGACGCUAAGCCUGUGCAGUUUAGUUGUACGCAAUGUGAUUGGUUUUAUUUAUAUCAAUGAAGAGCGUGACAAAGUGAAAUUUGCUUAUGUAGAUUUCUGGGGCAAGCGUUGCGAAACAGUUAUAGACAUUGCCGAUUUGGAUGUUGAUUGGGCGAAAGUGAGGCCAACAGUUUUUAAUCUCUAUCAGAAAAUACGUUUGUACGGUAACAAAGCGCAGUCGUUUAAGUUAUUGUUAAACCACGGUGUUAUUGUGGAGCCUGACAUUUUUACUGCAAUAUUUGGCGAGUAAAAAGCAAAGAUAGCAAAGUGACAUUUUAUCCUAAGAAUGCAUAGCAUAUAAGAGUUGAUUGAUUUGAGUAAGUUGAGUAUUUUUUUGUUAGAAUAAGUAAUCGAACUCGACUUGGAAAGUGCGCAUAACAAUAUAUUAUAUUACGUUCAGAUUUGAUGUACCUCAUUCUUUGUUAACGCAUAUAUAAGAAUCAUUAAAAAGUGUGUGAAUUUAAUUUUGUUUUUAAUUUUUAAUAACAAAAGCGAUAAAUUAAAAUAAA